AUUAAAUCACAGAAACACUGUAAUCUGUAAUAACCAACAGUUAUUCAAGAACAGUUUCAUUCAGGACAACCUCUUCAUUUACUUUUUUCCAUUCAACAUAUAAUGUUUUUCGAUUAUUAAUGAUACAAUAAAUUUUUCUUCACAUUAUGGGGUACGAAGAAGUUAUUCAUGUGUUAGGAGAUUUCGGAAGGUAUCAAAAAAGGAUAUAUUUCCUCUUAUGCUUACCUGCUAUUUUAUGUGCUUUCCAUAAAUUGGCGAAUGUUUUCUUAAUAGCAGAACCUCACCAGAGAUGCCGACUACCAUUCGAAACUAAAGAUGCCACCUACAGCAUAAAUGAAACCCUUUUUCCAGAAUAUUACCCAUAUGAUACAAUCAAUAAAAAAUAUUCAGAAUGCGAAAUCAUAAUAGACAACAAAACUGAAAAAUGUACCGAAUAUAUCUACGAUCACUCUGUAUAUGGCUAUACCACUGUUAUAGAGUGGGACCUAACAUGUUCUAAGACGUAUCUUGUAGCCACAGGAAAUGCUUUAUUCAUGUUUGGAGUCAUGCUUGGAUCUAUCAUAUUUGGGCAACUGUCUGACCGGUAUGGAAGAAAGUUAAUAUUUUUCAUAUCUCUGAUACUCCAAGUAACCGCUGGAAUCCUCGCUUCUGUAGCACCAGAGUUUUGGAGUUUUACAUUCGCUAGAAUGAUUAUAGGAUCAACAACUUCUGGAGUGUUUCUAGUAGCAUAUGUUAUUGCCUUGGAAAUGGUAUCAGCUAAUAAAAGACCUAUUGCUGGAACAGUCUGCCAGAUGUUCUUCUCUGUUGGUUACAUGCUCACUGCUGUAUUCGCCAUUUAUAUAGAUAAUUGGAGAACUCUACAAUUAGCUUUGUCACUACCUGGUCUCUGUUUCCUCUGUUAUUGGUGGUUUAUUCCAGAGUCGGUUAGAUGGCUGCUUUCGAAAAACAGAUUAGUAGAAGCCAAGGAACUAAUUCAACGUGCAGCGAAAGAAAAUCGAGUGCAUGUGACAGAUAAUGUCCUGGAUGAAAUGCUAAUAAGUGAAAUAGAGAAGACUGACAAUCCCGGAAAGAAGGAAUCAACGGUAUUGGAUAUUUUCAAGUAUCCGAAAUUACGAAGGCGUGCCUUAAUUAUAUUUUUCGAUUGGUUUGCUUGUAACAUAACUUAUUAUGGAUUGUCGUGGAGCACAAAUAAUUUAGGUGGAAACCCGUACAUAAAUUUCGUUCUGUCUGGCUUAGUUGAGAUACCAGCAUAUGCCUUUCUCAUUGUGGUUCUGAAUAGGUGGGGUAGGAAAAGGGUGCAAUGUGGAUGUAUGAUUGUAGCAGGGAUGGCUUUACUCUCCUCCCUUAUCAUUUCAGCUGAUCAAUAUUUUUUCAUUGUACUCGCUGCUAUGGUUGGGAAAUUGGCAGUUACAUCAGCAUAUGGAACAAUUUAUAUAUUUUCGACUGAACAGUUCCCUACUGUUAUUAGAAAUGCAGGUUUGGGGGCUUGCUCCACUUGUGCCCGAGUUGGUUCUGUGUUGGCGCCAUACAUUAAUGUCUUGAACAAAAUAUGGCAGCCGUUACCUCUAGUCAUUUUUGGAAUAAUUACGUUAAUAGGAGGAGUGCUGAGUUUGUUGUUACCUGAAACAUUGAAUAAAAAACUUCCAGAAACCAUGGAAGAAGGGGAAUCUUUUGGACAGAAAAAGACUGAAAUUCAACAAAUGGAGGAAGAGCCAAUGAACAAUGUUAAAGUUUGAUUAGGCUUUAAUUGACUUGGUGUAUAACGGCAUUUCAAAGUUAAUUCAUAUAUUUGUUGGAAUUUCAAGAAGCCUUCUUCAAAUCUGAAUGAAUUAAAGAUUCAAAAGGCAGUACCAGAGACUCUGGCAGUACAUAUAUAAUAUAUUAGAAACUAUGAAAUAAAAACAAUAUUUUCAUUCAUUAAAAAAAAAUUGAAUUUAUUUCUUGGCUCCAUGAAAUUUCUUUUGCAAAUGAGAGUUCGGGGGUGAAGUCAAAAAUCGACAACUAUAUCUCAUUUUUAGUCUGCACUCCAACGAAGUAAUGUAAGAAAUUGCAUUUGAAGAUUAAAUUUACUUGAAUCAAAAUCUGGAUCAACUGUGUUCUUUUUACGUUUUUUUUUACAAAACUAUUAAACCUGCAGCAAAGUUUCAAUCGAACAACACUAUCAAUUACAUGAAUUUUUCUCUGAGAUAAUCUGAAUACGUUUGAAAAAUGCGAUUAUACUUUUUAAAUCUGCUUAUAUUUUGAUGUAACAUAUGAGGAUGUAUCGUACAACUGUUAAUCUAUUCUUUGGAGUUUUUAUUAUCAUUGUAAAUAUAAACUUCAGAUAGAUUAUUGUUUCCUAUCAAGAUCAAUCAGAAAAUUUGAAUUUUUUUCAACUAUUAUACCAACUUAAGUUAUUUAUAUUCUUUUCAUUAUUACAAAUUUUUACUUCUUUACAUUGUUAUGUUUUAAAAAUUAUUAUGAUAAUCUAUCAUAUAUUUUCGUUGCUCUAUUAUUCAUUGCUUUUUCUAAAAACAUAAUAUAUAAAUGUUUAAUAUGGUAAAGAAACAAUUUUCUUAAGCCUAUUUGUCGAACUUAACCCUAAAUCAAUUGAACAAAUCUAGUCAUUGUUUAAAGAUUUCAUAAACUCAUAACUCAAACAGAAUCAUAUUGAUAAGGGGAUGUAGUAUUUUAAGAAUGAAUCAAUGUAUGUAAUAAUUUAUGUAUGAAUUUUGACUGUGAAUCUGGAUGACAUUUCAUACUUUUAUAAAAUAACUUUAGUUUUGAAUCUAUUUAGAAACAAAAUGUUGAUUGCUUGUUCUAUUCAGGUAAAUUUUCCAGAGUUAUCGUAUUUGUAACGAAUGAGGUGGAGGACCGAGUCAGAAAAAUAAAAUAUCUGGUUGGUGCUUCAGCAUUUCAGCGGUGGCGAGAGGUGCAGAGCACCCAUAAAAAUUGAUAUUCUAAAAAGCUUUCACUGAUACCUCCACUACCUCAGCUUUCGCGUGGCUAUACCCAAGUUUGCGUUACCGCGCAAUCGCAAUUUUGGGCAUAUACCAUUAAGAACAAAAUAUAAUUUUUCGAGAUCCAAAUUUAUAUUUUACGUUCCAAAGAAGACAAGACUGAGAUAAUAUGCCUGUAUUUAUCUUAUUAACAAACCAGCCCAUGAUAUUAUAGCAUUCCUUCGUCAUCAAAGAAUAAAUAACAAACAACAAUUUGCCGAAUACAUUAGAAUGAUCAAAAAAUAAUAAAACUUGUCCAGAUGAAUAUUUCUUGCACGUCUGGUUGUAAUGGUUUGAUUGAUUUCCGCCUUUCUGUACGAAAUAUGCGAGUCAAAAUUAUUUUGGUAGGUUCUAACUUGUAUGUCCUCCACCUCUAACUUGUAUGUGCUAAAAAUUUUUGCUCAAUAUUUUAUCUUUAAUUUAAUAGUUUUUAGUUAUCGUUUAUAUUCACUAUUUACAUUAACUACAACUUUUCGCCCAUGCUCGAAAAAUAGUCUUUCAAUCAUAAUACGGCAGUUUCUCCGAAUUGGGUGUAAAACAUAACUUCUUUAUGUUUUUUAAGGUCCUUUCGUUUGCAUAAAAAGUGUAGAACUUUUCUACACUCGAUUUGAUUUGUAGUGUAGUUUAUCUACACAUAAUCAAAAGGAGAUGUAGAUAAACUACACUGGUGUAAAUUCAAUCAGCAAACAAAUACUAAAAUCGAGUGUAGAAAAGUGCUACACUUUUUAUGCAAACGAGAGGACCUUUAAUCAUUAGAAUCGAUUCUGAAUCAUGAUUCACUGGUUCUCAAUGUGGUAUUUCACAUUUCCCACAAUACCUUCAGAAUAAUCCUAUGUUUGCAGCUGAUAAAGGACUAUUUUGUUGACUGGUUUUGUGACCGGUAAUCCUUUUUGACUAACUGGUGACAAAUCAGAACUUCGUUUUGGUGAUACUUUCCGAUAUUAUGAGAAAUUUUGAGAUUUGUGGAAAAUUUCUUUAUAGCUAGCACCUAUUAGAUGCUUCUCAUCGGUCGGUUGUUUGAUCCGCCUUUCAGAUAUCAAUACGUGUGCAUAAUAAAAAUAUUUCAAGUCGGAAGAUGAGAUCUUCGGGGUAAUAGAUGAAUUUAUGGGACCAGACUACGAAUUUGAUCCGCAAUCCGCACCGUCUCCUAUUUAAUUCUUUCUUUACGCUGAGUAAGAUACAUCAAAGACUUUGGCCGAUACUUUGAUCGGUCUCGGUCUUUGAAUAACAUAAAGCUACAAUCACAUUAUUUGAAAAAAAUCGGUCGAGUUUGAUGGGCUAUGGAAUUUGCCCAAAACGCCGGGAAUUUGAAGUAUUUCUACCAAACUAUCGUAGACUACACGACACACUUCUCAACUACGAUUAUAGCUAUAAUCUUUGCGCUUAAUUACUAUUUGGCUGUGUUGUAAGUGGAUUUAGACGGCAGAGGCAAGUCUAUGGGUCGAAUACCUGAGAGGAACCAUUUAACCCUCUUAAGCGUGGUACACACUGCAGAAACCCGUUUCAUGAAACCUGUAACAAGAUUUGCAGACUGAUGAGAUUACGUGCACAACCGCGUUUUAUGAAACUGGAGUUUCUUCGGCAUCAUACAAAUCGUAGAACACCGUUUCUUCUGUCUGCGUGUUCUAUAAAACCUGUGAUAUGAAAAACAUUUCUAGAAUUUUCUGCCAAGAAUCGAGUUUCUCUAGUUGUACACGCGAUUCCCGACGAGUAUGGAGUGAACAGACUCUUGAGAUAGCAUAUUUGAUCUAAAGGCUCUUUACGAAUGCAUAUGUUAUAGCUAAGACUCAGUCAUUGUAUUAGAUAUUAUUUUUUAUAUUCAAGUCUACAUGUAAACGCAAUUCAUAUUUUGUCUGGUCUAAAAAUUAUUGCUUGUUGCUUUGAAAUCUCUGAUUAUUAUACAUGUGUUUAUGUAGCUGUAAACAAUAAAUUGGGUUAGUUUGUAUCUAUACUGUAUAUGUCAAGUUCAAAGCUUGGAAGGAAUAAAAUAUGUUUCAUUUGAA